AUGCCUUCUCCGUCUCCUCUGGUCAUCGCGACGGGCGCCGUCAACCGCCUCCUGAAGGAAGAAGCGUCAUAUCACAAGGAGCUUCUGGCACAAGAGGCCGAUGCCAAAGCCCAGGAGGAAAAGAUUAAGAGCGGGCAGGACGACGAAGACGGCAAUGCGACGUACAUCUUGAAGCAGCAGCAACUGGUGGUCGAGCAGACGAGGGCCGUGUUCAAGCCGCUGAGAGACCGAAUCAGCCAGGCCGUCGAGAAGCUGGAGGAUCUUGUCGCGUCCGAAGAAAAGACUGGGAACGCCUCGGCUGAGGAACUGGCGAAUGCAAAGGCGGCGCUGGAGAAGGCCAAGUCGGGCGACGUGUAA